AUGGACGACGACGAAUUGAAUGUGCCACGGUCGUAUUAUCUACUGUUUGUCUCACUUGAUCAAGACCAUGGCGUUGAAGUGCGCAAGUCAAAUAUUCCAGGAGCUGGAAAGGGGUUAUUUGCUACAAAACGUCACGUUCAAGGUUCGACCAUUUGCGAGUACACUGGAGAAGUACUCCCCAAUCAAGAGAUUGCGUGGAAGCUCAAGGACAAGUCAUACUUAAUGAAACUGGGCGACAGCAAAUAUAUUGACGCGAGACAUUGCCCCCAGGUUCUAGCUCGAUACAUUAACGACUGCCGAGGACAUCUUGGAGGUUUUAACGUGCACUUUGAAAAACGUCCACAGGACGACAAGGCCGACGUCAUCGCAAUGCGAGACAUUGAACCAGGAGAAGAGCUGUACGUCAACUAUGGUCGCCUGUACUGGCUUGCCUAUAACAUGAUGUAUCCAAGCAAUCCCGUUCGGUAG